AUGGAUAAGAAUAGCAUACACAAGUCAACAUCAGCGCUUAUUGUACUACAACAUUACGCUGGCCUGGUGAUAGUCUGUCAUGGCUUCUCCAUGUUGGAGAAGCCGGAUGGGAAACCAGGGUACCAGACUCCUCCAAAAGCCUCAGGUUUAGCCAUGUGUGUUUUGGCUCGACUUUAUCUCGCUGAAAUACGAACCACUCGCCCAAUAUAUGCCGCCGAAGCGUGGCAAAAAGAAAACCUGCAGCAACAGAUGCGAGACUUCACCAACUACUUUGUUCGGCCUCUUGGCGCGUUGAUCGCUCUCAUGUCGUUUGUCAGCAACUCGCUUGUAAUCAUCACUGUAGCACGAAAGAAAUCGCUUCAGCAGCCUUCAAUGUUGAUGCUGAGCAGCUUGGCCGUCACUGAUUUGUUAUAUUCAUUACAGUCUCUUUUUAGAAAUAUCAAAACUUUAGCACAUGAGCAUAUGUGCCUAAACUCUGUCGAGGUACCUGUGAUGUCGCUGCUGUGCGUCCUUGCCACUCUUGCUAACGUGGCAUUGAUCAGCAGAGAUCGUUACUUGGCAAUCAGAAAGCCCUGGUCGUAUCGUCAUCACGUGACUAAGCUACGUGCUAUGAGGAUGAUAUGUGUAGCCUGGUUAAUCAGCAUAAUGAUUGCGCUUCUAACUUACUUAAGAAGCAAGUUUCAAUUCGAGUUUAUUCCCAGAGGUGUAAUCAUUUCUUCUGUGUUUUAUUUCGUUUGCUUCUUCGUUAUUGGACUUUCUUAUCUCGGCAUAGUGUUAAAGAAAAAUCAGCCUAGAGAUGCAUUUCAAGUGAAUGGUGUUUUAGAAAGAGAAAAGCGAUUGGCCAACACUGUUGGGUUAAUCCUAUUGGUAUUGUUUAUAACAUUUCUACCAGGUCUCAUUUCACCUUUGGCAUUGCACUUAGUAGGCAUAAGAUAUGUUAGUGCUUUUGAACCGUUUUACACCCUCCUUCUCCUACUCAAUGGAUUUCUUAACCCAUUGGUGAAUUUCGGUCGAAGUAAAGACAUGCGGAGAGGGCUAAGCGAGUUGUUCAACUGCUCCCGGGACGUGCAGCCCUUCGUCGCGUCUAACAACCUUUCUCAGGGUGCAACUGUACCCGAAUCCACUAUUACCCAAUUGAAAUCGAGGGCGGAUUAUGCCAUUGUUUUAGUUGAAUUCUGA